AGCGCCAUCCUCUCUUCAUUAUCUAUUAAAUCCAUUUUUCCCCCAUUAAUUAAAACACCCACAGGCCACAGGCCACAAACCCCACCCUCAACCCGAUACCCAUACACACUCCCAUAUAAAUAAGCGACAAGCUACAACCGAUUUUUUACCGUGAACACUAACAACUCCAUCCAGCUAGCACCAGCAUCAUCUUCAGACAUCAUCCUCGAGAAACUCUGAAACCCUUGUUGUCUUGAAUCCCACAUACCAAAAAUUAAACUGGGAAGAAUCCGACGAGUAACCACCGGAAACUCCAUCAUCGGCUACCACCUUCCUCGGUUUCAAUCAUUGGCUCUCCAUAAGCUAACGCCACUACCAGGGACCGAAAUGGAGAGUUCACUGACGAGAGCAAAAACCAUCAUUGUGGUUUUUGGAGCUGUGAGGGUUUGAGAAGAUUGAAGGUGGGGAGUUCUUGUUUUUGCCAAGAGAUUUGUUGUUGAGCCCUCCUCCACUUUUUCAGGUUCUCUUCUUCGGGCCGCAAGAGGAACACAAGCGUCGCACGUUUCACACAAAGCAACAGCAGCAGCAACUAGAGAUGGCAAAUGAGGUUGAAUCAACUCCUAAUUCAUACCCUAUGAAUGGUGGAAUUGGCUGUCACAGCUAUGUUAAAAAUUCCCACAUUCAGAGAGCUUUGCUGCAUGCUGCUAAGGAUGUGAUCACUGAAGCUAUUGUAGAGAAGGUGGAUAUCACAAACCCUUGGUUUAAUUCUUCGAGAACAUUACGUGUUGCAGAUUUUGGCUGUUCUGUUGGCCCCAACACCUUCGUUGUAGUGCAAAACAUCAUCGAAGCCCUAGAGCUCCUGUACCGUUCUAAGCGACACAACCCUGAAAUCCCAGAAUUCCAUGUGUUCUUCAAUGAUCAUGUCCACAAUGACUUCAACACCCUCUUCAGAUCCCUCCCUUUCUCCCACCGAUACUUUGCUGCCGGCGUGCCUGGUUCAUUCCAUGAUCGAUUAUUUCCCAAGUCUACUCUCCACAUCAUACACUCCUCUUAUGCACUGCACUGGCUGUCCCAGGUGCCCACCCAACUUGCAGACAGAAACUCUCCUGCUUGGAACAAAGGGAGAAUCCAUGGCUUAGGGGCUUCUUCAAAAGAAGUUCGGGAGGCCUUUUCAGCUCAGUUCAGUAAGGACUUGCAGGCCUUUCUGAAUGCUAGAGCACUGGAGCUUGUGGGAGGAGGUCUGAUGCUACUUCUAGUGAGCGGUCUCCCCAAUGAGUUCCAUUCUUCUCAAACUAAUAGUGCGAUAGUGUUGGAUCUUCUGGGAUCAUGCCUUAUUGACAUGGCUAAAAUGGGGAUAAUCAGUGAAGACAAUGUGGAUUCAUUCAACUUGUCUAUCUAUCGAACAUGCCCAGGAGAGUUGGAGGCAUUUAUAGAGAAAAAUGGGCAUUUCAAAAUUGAGAAGAUGGAAGAGCUGAUUAAUCCGGUGAGAUGGGAUCCGCCUGAUUUCCAAAUGUUAGCUUCGCAUUUAAGAGCUACAUUUGAGGGAGCUUUGGAGGAACACUUUGGAAAUGAGAUUAUGGAUGAGUUGUUCGAACGCUUUACCAACAAAAUUGGAGAGAAUUCUCACAUCAUUUAUGACCAGCAAUACAUUAAAGAGACAGAAAUUUUCGUCUCUCUUAAACACAGAGUAACUGAUUACGAGGUGUAGUCGAGUUGAGCCACCAUGCAGACUUGGUGUUCAAGUGUGUGAUUUUCACAAGCGUGGGUCUUCUAGUGUGACAUUUCAAGUUGAUUGCGAAAUUUGUGAUAGGAAGGAGAAAAAUGUAUAAAAGAUCGAUUUUAUUUGUGAUAUUUUCUGUGAGAAGAGAAGUUUCCAUCUGUAA